CACAGAAUACAAUAAUAGACCAUACAACACGUUUUUAGACUUGUUUAGGGAUCAGAGUUGUUGGUGCAUCAAAGGAUUAAACUUUGAUGCACAAAGUAUUUCAAGACCAAAGUCUUUCAGUCUUUUCUUUGAGAUGCAUAGUUGACAUAAUACUAAAGCUGAACAAAAGACAGAUCAACGGACCAUUAACAUUAACAAUAAAAAAAACCCACACUCGAUCAAGGAAAGAUAAAAACACAUGAAGAAACAACAAAGCAUUAUGUUAUCUACCGUUACUAAUAAAUGACUUUUCCAUUUUAGUGCAUCAACGCACAACAUCAUUUUCCUGCUUUACAGUGUCUUCCUCUGUGUCUCCACAUCUUUCCCCCUCUCUCUUUUCUUUGCUGUUAUUCUCCCUCUGUCUGUCUCCCCCUCUCUCUGUGCCAAUAUCUUAGGCAGCAAUGCCCCAACUGGACAGCAGGUGUGCUCUUUAGCACUGCAGCACACAAACCACUGCAGUGCUACCAUGUCUGUGUGUGUGUGUGUGUGUGUGUGUCUCUAUGCGUCAGGCAUGCCUGCCAGCCUGGCCACUUCUGCUGCUGCCACUCUGCAAAAAGGAGAGGGGGGAGAGAGAGAACGCUGGAGCAGUGGAGGGAGAAAGAGAGGAAGGGGGAUAGAGAGGCAGAGAGAGAGAGGGAGUCCAGGCCCAAAUAAAGCCAUGGGGGCCGGAGCUGGGCUGAGCCCCGUUUUGCCAUAAAUACACUGGCCGCCUGGAGGUUCGGGUUUGGUGGUUGGGGCUUGGGACCAGCGACCACCACUGCUACUGCAGCCUUCCUCAGGGGAUUCUCCUCCGCAUACGCAUCAUCCUCAUCCUGGUCAUCAGUGUUCUGGGCAUCCAAGAUGCCUCGCGUGGAUAUAGACCUCAAGCUGGACUUUAAGGAUGUCCUCUUCAGACCCAAGAGGAGCAGCCUGAAGAGUCGCUCAGAGGUGGACCUUCAGAGGACCUUCACAUUCCGCAACUCCAAACAGACCUACACUGGCAUCCCCAUCAUCGCUGCCAACAUGGACACCACAGGAACGUUUGAGAUGGCACGGGUCCUCAGCAAACACACCCUCUUUACAGCCAUUCAUAAACACUACUCUGUAGAAGACUGGAAAAACUUUGCUGCUACUCAUCCAGACUGCUUAGAGCAUGUAGCUGCCAGCUCAGGCAGCGGCAAUGCAGAUCUCGAGAAGCUGUGUGCCAUCUUGGAGGCCGUCCCUGCCCUCAAGUACAUCUGUCUGGAUGUGGCCAACGGCUACUCUGAGUACUUUGUGGAGUUUGUCAAGUCGGUCAGAGGAAAGUUCCCUAAACACACCAUCAUGGCUGGUAACGUGGUAACAGGGGAGAUGGUGGAGGAGCUCAUCCUCUCCGGUGCUGACAUCAUCAAAGUGGGCAUCGGGCCAGGGUCUGUGUGCACGACAAGGAUCAAGACAGGAGUGGGCUACCCACAACUCAGUGCUGUAAUAGAGUGUGCAGACUCAGCCCAUGGACUCAAAGGACACAUUAUCUCUGACGGGGGCUGCAGUUGCCCAGGAGAUGUAGCUAAGGCCUUUGGUGCGGGGGCUGACUUUGUAAUGAUGGGAGGAAUGCUUGCAGGCCAUGACCAGUGCUCUGGGGAGGUCAUUGAGAAGAACGGCAAGAAAUACAAACUCUUCUACGGCAUGAGCUCUGAUACAGCCAUGAAUAAAUACAUGGGUGGAGUUGCUGAGUAUAGGGCGUCUGAGGGGAGGACAGUGGAGGUUCCCUAUAGAGGAGACGUGGAAAACACCAUCCAUGACGUGUUGGGGGGCCUCCGCUCCACCUGCACCUACGUGGGCGCCACCAAGCUCAAAGAGCUGAGCAGGAGAACAACCUUCAUCCGUGUCACACAACAGUCCAGCCAAAUGUUCACUUAGUAGGGCGUACACAUGUCCACACACAGGCUGCAUGAUAUGCAUUUUACAUGUACUAUGCAGAGUUUAAACAUGCAAUAGUAGGACAGUGGUGUAACACAUACGGGAAAACCCACACAGACACUUCUACAUGAUCACCCAACCUGUUCCUCUCAGGAUAUCUGCUGUCAGAAAGCUGUUAGUCUCCUGCAGGUUGUGAUUAAAAUAAACUUAAAGUUUGACUUGAAAACAUUCACCCAGAAGAAUCACAGCACUCUAAUCAACCUAAUCCUACAGUGAGUGCAUUUACAUGCUUAGAGACACCAUAUUAUGCCAUAAUUGAAUGCACCUAAUUUCACCUUUGAAUAGGCACAUGCAGAUGUCAUGUUCCAGUUAAUACAGCUUGGAGAAAUUCUUCUCAGUUUCGGGAAAUGGGAAUAAGAGAGCCAGACUACUGAGACAUGAGCACUUCAGAUCAGAUCUUUCAAAAUACUCUUUUAACUUGGGUAUGUACAGAAGUCGGGAUAUUUCUAGAUUAAACAAGAAGAAAACAAGAAUGUGAGCUAUGUGAAACACAUUGAUGUAUGUAAACACACUCAGCAGGAGGAGGCUGAUACUCGUGCUAAGAUCAUUUGGGGAAACUGCUGAACUGUAUGUUGGAAUAAAUGCAAGAAUCAACAUGCAAGAUCCAGAGAUGUCACCCUUUAACUGUCACUGGAGAAAUCAUGUUGCAAUAAACUGCAUGCAGGACCUUCUGCUACUUUC